CCUGAACUGUACUUCGUUGUCAUCAAUUUUAUGUAUUACUCUGUAGGUACUCUGUUACGAUAAAAAGACAAUCCAAAGUCUCGAGAUAUCUUCGCUCCCCCCUUACAACGAGAACCAAAGGGCGAAACGUUUUAUGCAGCACCCGCUUGCCGACUCGCCAAGGGACGUAGUUCCGUGAGCUUUUCCGCAGUUUACAUUCUUCCCAAGCACCUCCUUUGGUUGACUCGCCUACUUCCCGGCACUGGGUCUCGUUGAUCAUGGGCAAAUCCGACAAAAAGGGGGCAGGGGAUAAGAAUGCCGGCAGUAAGGGAAGUGGAAAGAAGGGAGCCAAGGCAGAAGGGACGGACAGUGGGGGCAAGGAGGCCGGUAAGGCCAAGGGAGCACAGUCCAUCAACGUUCGACAUAUUCUGUGUGAGAAACACUCAAAGAAGGAAGAGGCGCUAGCCAAGCUGCGAGACGGCGCCAAGUUUGAUGAUGUUGCGCGGGACUUCUCAGAGGACAAGGCUCGCCAGGGCGGUUCAUUGGGGUGGAAGAGCAAGGGCAGUCUCGAUUCCAAGUUCGAAGAAAUCGCCUUUCAACUGGAAGCGAGUUCUACGUCCAGUCCGAAGUUUGGUGAGGCGAAGACGGGCUUCGGCUAUCAUAUAAUCAUGGUCGAGGGAAGAAAAUGAGAGAGAUACAUCUAUGCUGCCGACAUGCCAUCGAAAGAGAAUGCGAAUGCAAAACGCUUCAUCGCGUAAAACUCCGCAAAAAGACUAGGCCUUGUGCUCCUCGAUACGACCACAGACAGAGUUCUUCCAGUAUUGUCAUUUUUUUUAUUUGCUUUUGCUCCUGGUCUGCUUCCAUGCAAGAUGACCAAAACCCAGGCGGCCGUCCUUGCCCAAUGCCAGCUGAAGAAGCUAGAGUACAACCAUCACUCUCUGUGACGGCGGAUACCGAAUCCGCGAAACCUCUACACCUUUCCUGCCUGAAGACGCCCGUCCAUCAUAGCCGUAGCUGG